AACCAACCUCGCAGCCCAUCGCACACCAAACCACAUCUCCCGUCUCGUUAACGUUACACGGCGAUACACAACGCCUCCAACUGACCUCCUCUUCCUCUCUCUCUCUCUAUACGGCAAAAGGGUCACUCGGAAGCACACAUCAUGGGCUACUACUACGGCGGCGUCUACGGCACGGGGGUCGCGACCGUUGUCGUCAUUGGCCUGUAUCUCCUGCUCACUGGCCAGGGACACCGCUUCAACGUCGCCCAGUUCCUCGAGGAGGUGUCGCCCUUCGCGUGGGCGACGACCGGUAUCGCGCUCUGUAUCGGCCUGUCUGUGGCCGGCGCUGGAUGGGGUAUCUUCAUCACUGGCGCCAGUAUCCUCAGUGGCGGUGUCCGUGCUCCGCGUAUUCGUACCAAGAACCUCAUCUCGAUCAUCUUCGCCGAGGUCGUCGCCGUCUACGGCAUCAUCAUGGCGAUCGUCUUCCAGGCCAAGGCUAACGGCGCCGAGGUCCAGGACGUCUUCACGACCAACAACUACUUCACUGGCUUCGCCAUCUUCUGGGGCGGUCUCGCUGUCGGCCUCUGCAACCUCUUCUGUGGUCUGACUGUUGGCAUUGCCGGCUCUUCUACCGCCCUGGCGGAUGCUGCAGACGGCGCGCUGUUCGUCAAGAUGCUCAUCGUUGAGAUCUUCGGCUCUGUCCUUGGUCUCUUCGGUCUCAUUGUCGGCCUUUUGAUUUCCGGACAGGCCGAGAGCUUCGCCUAAUUCCCCCCACCCCCCGCAUCCACACAGUCGACGCCGCGGCGUUUGACAUCACUCACCACCACCACCACCUUCUAAACGACGGAAAGAUGAAGACGACGUCUUCAUCCAGCCUUCGAACGGCCGCCCGGCCCGAGUUUAGCUUCUCAAUCUUAGAACAGAACAAUAGCAUGCAU